AUGAACAUUCUGUGUGUUAGAGCAUGCAUGAGUCGGAAUAGGUAUCUGGAAAUUAAACGGUACCUACAUAUCAGUGACAACUCCGAUUUAGAAAGGAUUCCACUAGGUGAACGUGAUAACCUCUUCAAGAUUCGCCCAUUGAUUGACAAGCUGAAUGACAAAUUUCAACAAUUUGGGGUGUUUUCUGAAAGUUUGAGCAUUGACGAACAAAUGGUUCGUUACUAUGGACAUCACUACCUCAAACAAUUUAUACGUGGUAAGCCAGUGCGGUUUGGGUUCAAACAAUGGGCUAUCUGUUGUUCACAGACUGGAUAUUGUUAUCAGACUCAAGUGUAUGAAGGCAAAUCAAAGAAAUUAGGAGAUGAUGAAAGCAUCAGUGGGCUUGGGACAUCUGUUGUCCUUCAGAUGGUAUCUAUUCUUCAGACACCAAAUGCUCAUAAAGUUUACUUCGACAAUUUUUUCACAGGAUUUUCUCUGAUGAAACAUUUGCAGGACAUUGACGUUAGAGCAACAGGAACUGUUCGAUUCAACAGAAUGAACAAAUGCCCUAUUGCAACAGACAAAGAGAUAAGGAAAAAAGAACGCGGGGCAUAUGACUACAGAUUUGAUUCCCGUAAUGAAAUUUUAGCUGUCACGUGGAAUGACAACAGUUGUGUAAGGCUUCUGUCUAAUCAUGAAACUAUCGAACCAAUAUCAGAGGUGAAGCGAUGGAGUAGAACAGAGAAGAAAGAUAUUCAAGUACCACAACCCAAACUGAUAUCAGAAAUAAAAAAAAUACAUGGGUGGAGUAGACAAGAUGGAUUGGAAUGUUCAAAAGUACAGAAUCAGAAUAAGGGGAAAAAUGGUAUUUUCCUUUGCUUACUAAUGCCAUCGACGUAA